AUGUCAGGCGACCGCCCAUCAUCUCUUUCUUCAAAUAAACCCCUCAACGGCAGUGGUCCUCAUGCAGCAGCAACGCAGCUCGCAGACCUGCUGCGUGACAUCCAGUCAUUCGACCCUUCGGACCCAUCUUCCGCCGAGGACAUUGGUCAACUUCUCAAAAGCAUUGAGCAGGCCGAUGGGAUUGCCAAAGGCAUCGAUUCGCGUUUGGACACGCUGUUGCAGGAUCUGGAGGGGAUGAUAGGAGUUUUGGAGGCAGAUCGAGCUCAGGGCAAGGCGCUUGAUGUGCAGACACAAUCAAGACUACGGGAAGACGAGGACGCCAUCGAAGCUGAACUGGCAUCGCUGCAAUGUAGAAGUGAUGAGGCCGUUAAGGGAGCGAAAAGAUGAGAAACUACGAGGAGUAAAAGGUGCAUGAUGAGGGUAUCUCACGAAAAUUCAUGGACAAGUUCUCGAUAUAUUAGAUAUGCGCCGAACAUAAUUCAGGUGUUCAAACUAGGACUGCUUCUUACUGCUUCGCACAUCUUCCUGGCAUCCAGGAUGUUUACAGAUCAGGCCGACGGGUGGUACCUCGGCUCGAUGCAAAGUUUGAGGGCGCAUUAUUGGCCAUUCAAACCCGCUGACAAGCACUGGUGUGGGCCUGCCAAGUGUGCCCAGAAAUAGCGCUAUCAAAAUGCCAAGGCUCUUCUACUUUCUGAUCACUAACGAGGCAAUUCAUUCAUUAC